AGUGGAUUUGCUGAUGCAGACGCUUCACUCGAGAAAUUCUUGUGAAGAUGACACUCAUCAGAGUCUGACCAUGGCCAUCUAUAGCUCCCUUUCUCUCUCUACCUAUAUCUCCCUUGGCCCACCUGCAAGUGAGUGCAUGCACAAGAGGGAGUGUGCUAUAACUCUCAUACGCCAUCUCUCUCAUCUCCUCCUCUCUCUACUCUCAUGAGGGCAUAUAAGACAUGAAGGUGUUCAGAGGCAAGAUUUGGGCAGCACUAGGGUCACUCAUGGAUCAUGUAGGCGCAGCAUCCAACAAGGCUUCCACGGCGGCGGUGCCAGACCGAGCGCUCCUCACGGACAUCGAGGCGGCCAUCGCGCGGUGCACGGACGGUGGAGGGGGCGGGAGCGUCGGUGACGACCGGCACGUGCACGAGAUCCUCUUCCUCGUCUCCAACGCCCCGGGCGCGAUCACCUUCCUCUCCCGCCGCAUCACGGCGCGCCUAGAGGCCGCGCGGACCCCGGCCACCGCGCUCCGGUCUCUGCUCCUCGUCCACCGCCUCCUCCGCGCGGGCGACCGCUACUUCGAGCAGGACUUCCGAGGCCUCUGGGCCUCCCACGACCUCCGCGUCGACGCGCCGCGUUGCGGCUGCUCCUGUUCUCCCCUCGCUGCCUCAGGCGCCGGCGUCAACUAUGUCACGGCCAGCACGGUGACCGCCACCGGCGCGUGCUCUUUCCUCCACGGCUACACGGCCUACCUCGAGGAGCGCAUGCAGUGGGUGAUCAACCAGUCCGGCAACCUGGAGCCCACCCGCGCCCCACCACAAGAUCACGACGACAAGCCGCACCCGGCCUCCUCCUACGACGCCGUCGCCGCCAAGGAGCUCCUCUUCAAGCUCACCAUGUGCCAGAGGCUGCUUGACGUCGCUGUCCAGCUCCUGCCGGACAACAACACAAGCGCCAGCGCCGCCGCGCGGUCAGCCUUCGGCAUUGUCCUCCGGGAGAGCUUCAAGGUCUACGACGCCUUCAAUGAAGGCAUCGACGUGCUGCUAAGGUCAAGAAGCGUCGGUCGUCUCAGCAAGUCUCUCAGGGUUUCAGCUCAGGAGGUGCUGAGGAAGGCGUGCGCUCAGACGCCUGAGCUGAAAGAGUUCUACCACAAGUGCAAGAAGAGCAAUGUCGGCAAGAUCACGGAGUACCCCGUCGUCAGGGUCGUUACGCCGGCGCAGGCCUCGGCAAUUGAGCUCAUGCCGCCGGUCUGUGAAGAGGAUGGUCGGAAGGAGAUUGGCGGCGCCGGUGUGGUAGCGGAGGAGAACGAAGGCGACGCGCCCUUUGAGAGCAAGCUGGAGACGACUAUCAGUGCGUAUGUAACUUGGAUGGAUAGUGUUUCAUGCGACGCGGCAAGCGAUGCUCAUGGCGACGCGCAUGCCAACUCGCGGUGGUCAGCGUGGUACUUGCCGGUCUUCAAGGCGGCGGGGGUGCUCGUCUACUGGCGGGGUGUGGUGGUGCUGCGGGACCAUGUGCUCUCCCUCGUCGACGAAGGCGGAUGUGUGGUGGAUCGACGCGCAUGCCGCCACAGCGAGGAAGUUGUUCCGUGCGGCAUAGUGCACUUCACUUCUCACGUUGCGAUACUUGGAGAGGCCACUGGCCCUACGGCACAACACACCUCGAGCGGCACGAAUGACAGACGAGAGAGCCACAAACAACCGAAACCCUCGUCGGUGAUGGUGGAGAUCACGAAAGCGAGGAUGAGGGAGUUUGAAGGGUGGGAUCCGCGCAAGCGUGCAGAUGGAGGCGCGGGCGGUGCUGGAUUCACUGACGGAGAAAGAAUAAAGGGAACUUUUCAAGAAGAAACGCAAGCACCAUUCGCUGGAGAUUUUGAUGUUGGCGAUGGACCAGGCAGAUUCAAUGGAUUCAGCAAGGGCAGCCAAGUGGGCGGCGUUCAUCUCAUUCUCCACCACGCUGUUGGCCCCGACGACGAGGGUAGAUGA